AUGAAGAGCGUGAUGAUGGAUGCUAUUUAUGAAUCACUGAUAGAAAUUGAAUUUGAGGAAAAAUGGAAGAGAAUGAUAGCUUUUUAUGCACUUGAAAAUAAUCAGUGGUUGUCAGGCCUGUACGAGGAAAGACAUAAGUGGAUACCAGCUUAUGUGAAGGAUACAAUUUGGGCUGGAAUGUCCACAACACAGCGUAGUGAAAGUAUGAAUGCAUUUUUUGAUGGGUAUGUGAACUCGAAAACUCAAUUAAAACAAUUCGUUGAGCAAUAUGAAAGCGCAAUAAAAAAUAAAGCUGAAAAAGAAGCAGAAUUAGACUACAAAUCAUUCAGCUCAAUCAUCCCGUAUAUCAGCCGUUAUGCAUUUGAGAAGCAAUUUCAAGAUGUAUACACGAUUGCGAAAUUUAGAGACUUUCAGGCAGAGUUGAAGGAAUUAUUGCAUUGUGAGACCUCCUUACUGUCUUCGACAGGCAGUGUGUAUUCUUAUCAAGUAAAUGAGUAUGGCGACGGAGGUAAAGAUGUACCCUUCACAGUAUAUUUUGAUGAAGUUCAUAGGAAGUUGAUGAUUGUCCCAAAUUCGUACAUAUUAACACGAUGGAGGAAGGAUGUCAGACGGAGGUAUACCCGCGUGAAGACAUGGCAAAAGAACUUAGGGAGCACCGCGGAAAUUUAUCGAUAUGAAGAAGUAUGUAGGAAUAUGUAUGAUAUUGCAGACAUAGCUGCUGAGUCUGAUGAGAAAUGUGAACUAGCAUUACGUACAUUACGAGAUUUGAAGACAAAAUUAGAAAAUACUUCAUCAUCGAAGGGGAGCAAUGAUAUUGAAUAUUCGCCGAUUGCGGCAACACCUUCGAAUGAUGCGUCUAAUGGUAGAAGUAACGACCAGAGAGUUUUGAGCCCACUACUUGUUCGCAGUAAAGGCCGCCCGCCAAGCAAAAGAAAAGAGUCGACGACCAAUAAAGUUGUACGACGGUUGAAGAUGACAGGCAAUAAAGAACAGGUUGGGCAACAUUGUUGGGACAGGUUCAUCUACAAAGUCCUACGAUUAACAAUUCGUCAGCAAGUGUCUUACCUUAUGGGAUGGGUGUACAAAGCAGCCGAGGCAUCAUCGUUACAGUAA